AUGACGCCGAAACUCACUACUAUUGAUGCCUCUGAGCCCUUGGAUAGGAUCCUGGACGCCAUAGCUCGGGACGGCGGCGUGAUCGUGUCCAACUUCCUUGAACCUGGGCUUCUCGAAGAAUCCAUGCGUGCAAUGGAAAGCUUUAUGACCCCAAGUCUGCCCAGAAAGACCUCGGGGAUGACUUCUUCCCAGCGUGCCUACGUGCGUACAUCAAGCCACGCGGGUUGCGACCCCAGUGCGCCCAAGACUAAUGCGCGAUGCUUGCAGGGUCUCCUGGCCAAGAUGCCAGAGCAGAUAACUAAGAUCAUCCGCCUGAGCGUCUGGCAAGGCGUGAUGGCUCACUUCUUGAACGGAGAGUUCGUGGGCUUCGACGGCGCGAACAAGACAACCCGGAAGAGCGGAUACAUACUUUCUUCAACGGCAGCCAUCCGACUGGUCCCGGGAGCUGAGAGACAAGCACUGCACAGAGACGAUGUCAAUUACGGCACUGGCAGCUUACACGACCCUAAGAAUCCCCUAUUCACCCCCAUGGUCGGCGGCCUGAUCGCCGGCUCGAGGGCUACGUAUAAGAAUGGCGCGACCGCCGUCAUUCCUGGAAGCCACUUGUGGGGUCCUGACCGCGCCCCUAAAGUCGAGGAGUGCACGUACGCGGAGAUGGAGCCAGGGUCAGCGCUCUUCACGCUCGGCAUAACGUAUCACGGAGGCGGCAUGAACCAGUGCGAGAGGACCGACCCAGAUGCGGUGCGUACCUUGUUUCGCCAUCUUUGGGUAAGUUCUCUGCCUGCACGACAGUGUUGGUUGGUUUUAGCCAGCAUGGUUGAUUUGUUCCAACGAGACUUUUACCGCCAGGACCAGCAGGAGAUUUUGUCCACUCCUAUAGAAAUUGCUCGCAGCCUGCCCGACGACAUCCUCAGGCUGACCGGCUACUAUAAAGCAGUCGGCGGCGUUGGUUUCAUCGGAGAUCACCAGGACCCGGCAGAGUUUUUGCAUGUUGAUACCAAUGGCGUGGGAAAGUUUAACAACUAG